UGAAUGGUUUAUUUUUCCAGUCUAGUGAAAAACGAAGAGGUGUGACGUGACGUGAUAAUAAUAUCCACAAGUUUUGCAAAAAUAUUCUCCAAUAAUCGAAGGGAAAGUUCCAAACAUUGUUGUUGUUUAUGCUUUAAAAUAUGAACUGUCUGAUAUUGUGCAUUACUGGCCUUGAUGGAUACCUCCUUUAUGAAUAAAUGGCCAACUUAUUGUUGACCUUGCUUUAUUAAUUAAUUUCCUUUUAUUCACCGUAUUCAACCUGUGAAUUCGGAUGAAACUUUCGAAUUUAUGUCGAGAAUUAGCAAAAUUAAUGUGUAUCCUGUGAAGUCGAUCAUGGAAUACUCGAUUAUAUAUUUUUGAACAACAUGAGCAGAGAUUAUGGAGCCCAAUUCGAUUUCCUGGAGACAGAGUCCGUGGGACGGGCCUUGGACUGCCUGGGCCCACGUCAACCGACGGGCCCGUUUCAUUACCUGAUAAAUGAGCAGGCGAAGUCGCUGCUGGCGCUGCAAGAGUUGCAGCAUGAGGUCGGAGCGCUACUCGAGUUCCGAGACCUCGUCAUCGAGACCUUCCCGAGUCUCAGGACGAAGCUAUCUUCGACGCCCUCGGCCGUGGCCCAGAUGGCCCACCAUGGGGGUCCCAACAGGACGGAUUGGGUGCCGGGAGUGCGGGUCCGCAGGAAACUGGGUCCCAAGAAGAACGACGCGGUGCCAGACUCGGGCUUCAGCACCGAGACGUCCAGCAAAGACACGCACAGCGCCGCGUCGUCCACCGCGACGGCCGCCACUUCCGCAGGGGCCCAGGACGAGACGGAGGACGAACUGUGGAGCCUCCUGGACCUGAUCCAUCGGAAGGGCACACGGCUCAAGGAUGAGGUCGAGGCUUUGCAGGAUCAACUGCAACAGCAGCACACUGUGGAGGAUGUUCGCGACGCCGUGUUCCGCUCCAACGAGGACGUGGACCAGGUUAGGAGAGAGCGGGACGAGCUAAAGGAUCGCAUGGUCGAAUUGGAGGCUGAGGUUGUCGCCGGCCGAAUCCACACUUCCAGACUGCAGGAAGACAUGGAACAACUGCUGGCGACCAAGCAGGAUCUGGAGGAACAGCUAAGGGUGGCCCUGGACGAGAAAGGCGAGGUGAACUCGCGAAUCCACGAUUUGCACGCGCAGUUCGUAACUAAGAGUGAUUUGGAGAGGGGCAGGUCGAUCUUGCGAACACCAAGUGCUAGGACGGUUAGCGGUGGUGCCAAGUGCACAAAAAGUGAAGAUGAGUGCGAUCUGGAUAGGACUUUGGGGGCAGACGUGCCCAAGGUUAGAUUCAUAGAUAAUGCCAAGUUUUGCGCCAUUCUGGCCGAGAAGAAUCCCUCCAUCCUGCAGAAGCACCUUCUCACUUCUACUGUUCAGAAUGAGAUCUUACUGAAGCAACUAGAAAGUGCGACAAAAGUUGAAGUAGAUUUGGUAGACAAGUUGAGCAAAGUUAGAGAAGAGAAUGAAGAACUGAAGUUUCAGUUGGAAGAUAAAAGUAUUGAAUUGGAAGGCACAAGAGCUCAAGUCCGGGUCUUGGAACAAUUGCAAAAAGGUUGUCCACACGACGGACCCGACGUGAUUCCUUCAUCCACACUGAGCUCUUCCACUCCUACUCGAGGGGAAAUUCUCUCGGCAAGUAUGAAAAAUAUGAGCCCCAUUCCUAUGACUUUGCAAAUCGAUCAUAGUAGUAGUACAGAGUCUGCCCAUGAUCAGACUGAGAGUAAUAAGAGGACCAUGGAGGGCAGUCGACGCAAGCCAAGCAAAAUCCCUUUGAAGAGCUACACGGCCCCCAAACCCCCUGGCAGAGGUAAAUCGCACUCUUCGGCACGUAGUCGUAGUGGCGACUCGCCCGGUAGACCGCACAGCGCACAAUCGACGAGAGGUGGCGCCAGAAGCGAGGCUAACAGCCUGCAAGGCCCCGCCUCCAAGGGUGGGAGCUCGCUGCCCAAAUCGCGCAACGGCUCGCUCGUCACAUCGAAAGACUCGCUGUCGAGCAAGCUGCGUAGCAGCGAUUCGUUGUCGAAGCUGUCGAACGCAAGCAGCAGCUUUGGCAACACCGGCAGGGGCACCCUACGGAAAAGUAGCACCUCGAACACCAAGGACCAGCCUACCGCCGACAAGGUCGAUUUGGGUCAAGAAAAAUAUCAAUUUCAAUGGAGUCCCUCUUCAUUUGAAGGCCGGAAAGUUGACUAUUUAGACUCCCUGGAUCCUAAUUCUUUCUCUCAUCGCUCGAUGACAGAUAGCUCUAGUCAUAAAUUUCAAACUGCAAACACUUUUACCUGGAAUAGGACGAGGGAGUAUUACGACAGCAUAGAUUCAAACCUUUCAUCUAGUCUGUAUCAACAGAAUGGGGAAGAACUUGCUGAAUGCGAUUCCCUUGAAAAGCACAUGUCUGGAAAUACGGAAUAAUAACAAGAAGAUGUGGCAGAUGAAACUGAAAUACAACCAAAAUAUGAAAUUAUUCAUUUAUGUGUGAACCUAUCUAUUAUAACUCUCUUUAUAUUGGUCAUAAUCACCAAUUAAAAGAGAACACUUGUUAUGAACUAGAUAGAUUUAGGAUACUUGAGUUACACUAAGUGAUUGUAUCUGCAAACUUGUAUAUGCCUGUGAUAAAAAUUGAAAGCUAUUUGAUAAUUUUUCAAGCAACUAUA